UGCUAACAAGGAUGUCGAUGAUAGCACUAAUUACUGCUCAAUAUGCGGAACCGCCUUCGGUACAGUAGCUAAGUCCUGUUUAUCAAUUGAAGUAGUUCCGAUGAUAGCCGGAGCUGCCAAGGCAUUGGCCGAGGCUGCUAAGACAUUAGUCGAACACGCUGAUAAAAGUGGUGCCACAAUUAGCUUGAGUACGACAGUAGUGGAUACUUCAGCUUCAAUAGGUUUUACAUAUACUCCAAAAAGUUAA